GGAUGAGUUGGUUGAGCUGAGUAUCCAUGAUGAGAUUGCUAUGAAGGAGAAAGUAUUUGUUGACUUGUGGAAUGCGGAGUCCAAUUUUCACUCGGGGCUCAUCCAAAAGGACGCUUCGGUUCUUGCGGAUGUGACGGAUUCAGAGAGUCAGGACAGUAUUGACCUUAAAUCGCUCACUGAAGCUGAGAAGGAGUUCCAUACGAACCUCCUUGCGGAGAAUAGGAGGGAGAAGGUCAAGGUUAUUGCUAGCAACCACAAAGCGCAGGUCAACAAGUUCACGCGGAAUGCCUUCCUACCCAUUGCUCCCUCUAGGUGGAUUGAGAUGCAAUCUCGGGAAGUUAAUGACAAGUUGUGGGAUCUGCUCACCUUUAAUUACCUCGCGCCGAUUCAGGCUGAUUUCUACUGUUUUUUAACCUCCUUAUCCGAGGACGAGAUGAAGAAGUGUAGCGAGAAAACUCUCAUGGAGAACACUGAGCUUAUCAGAGGUGAUCACGCACUUACACCCGACAAUAUAAAACUACCGAUUUUGGGAGAGUUUGAUCCCACCAAGUGCUUAGUCUCUCCCUGUAUGCUUGCUGCCCGUGGCUUUAUGGGCCCCAGGGUCCAGUCUACAAUCGCUGAGCUCAAGCGUAUUUGGAACGUGGGCCGCCCGUUUCUUAAGUGUCAGUGUAUUGUCUCAGGAAAAGGGGACUGUGGCAAGAACAUCACUUGGUUCGACCAUGCGUUCUGGUACCUCCUAUCUGAUUUGCAAUAUCUCUUUCCGAAUGCCCCCACCCUCAGGUCCCGCGCUAGAGCCUUCAGAACAUUGGUUAAAACGGCGUGGCGUGCCCCGGUGCUUGCCUCUGUCGUGUUCACUCACAUGAGGGACAUCAUGGUCUCCAUGGCAUACAGUGUUGUUGCUGACCCAUCCAGGACCCCUCAGAACAUUCUGAGUGAUCCGGCCGUAAUGGUGCACAAGUUCCCGAGGACCAUGGCCAAAUGGAUCCUCCCUUCUCGUUACGUCCAGGUGGCUUGCAAGAAGAGGAAAGAAGCAGAGGAGGUGUCCUCUUCGUCAAAGAAGGCAAGGAGGUCGCAGCAGACGACCCUGGAGUUCUACGUGGCAAAACCUGUUCAGCAGCAGCUGUUUCCACCAGGGCACACACAGGCAGCUGAUAAGGAGGGGACCUCUCCGCUUGGUUCCACUGUUACUACGUAGACUGAUGGGGGUUGCUCCGUGUCGAGUAAAGUCAAAGUAAUGAACGGCCUCAGCAUGA